GUUGGGAGUGCGAGAGCUGAAGAAGAGAGACGGAGAAUCACCAUGGAUGAGCUCAGAUGGAUUCACAUUUCUGUCAUUCUGACAGCGCUGCUUCAGUUUACAGCAGCAGCCAUACCGUCUACCCUUCAUGUCAAAAAUGAAGAUGUCUUACUGACUUGCCAAAAUGUGAUAAAAGGUCAACAGAACUGUGACAGCACGACAUGGACAUUCACUAGACCCAGAUCAACAACAACAGUAGAGCUGGUCAGACUUGGACAGAUCAUUGAGAACUCUGGAGUCAGCCUGAGUGUUAGAGAGGACUGUUCUCUGGUUAUAAAGAAGGUCAGAGAGGGGGAUGCUGGUCGUUAUGACUGUCUGCAGUACAAAUAUGGCAUAAAACUAGCUCCAGAUGCUCCUGUUUAUCUGUCUGUUGUUGCCAUGGCUGAGCUUGUGAAAAAUGAUGUGGUGUUUGUUACCUGCUCUGUGUCCCCAUAUGAUCGGUGUAAACACAUCGUGACGUGGCUGUAUGAGGGUAAAGAUAUGAGACAACAUAAUCAAGGGGUGAGGUCAAAGAUCCCCUGCUCCUCCAGUGUGUUCUUUACAGCUUCUGAUUUCAUCUACAAAUCAAAACCAAACUCUCUGGAUUGUGAAGUUACUUCUGAUAACAAAGUGGAGCUCUUUACCCUCAGACUUCAGCCCUCAGCUGAGAAACCAGGCGAGGACACAAAAACAGACCCAAAAGAAACCAUGAUGAGACCAGCUGACGAGAGAGCAGCAGGAACUGGCACAACGUCUGCCGUCAGUGACUAUCCAGAGCUCAAAGCCAGGUUCAUCGUUGUCUCUGCGGGUUUAUCAGCUCUCAUCAUAACUGUUGUGACCGUCAACAUAUGGACAAGAACUAAAGGGAAACAAAGACGGAGGGACAAUAACGUGGUGGAGACAGUGAACUAUGAAAACAUCAGAGCCUCUGCAGAGGAUCGACCAACACCUCUGUCUCUGUAGACAGACAGCUGUAUACAACAAGUGUGUUUAAGGUUUCUCCUAAAGUCCUAAAGUUUUAUUGGGAAUUUGUUUGCAAAUUUUCCAUCAUUUCAAAUGGAAUUUUGUGUGAAUUUGUUUGCAAAUUUUGGGGAGUUUGUUUGGAAAUUUCGAAUGGAAUUGCUUCAGGUAAUGGCUUAAAAUACAGGAUGUUUCACAGAAUUUUGGGUACAAUGUUAUUUGAAUGUGCAGGCUUUUUUCCCAAAACAGUCUGUUUUUAUUUUUUGGAAAUCUCUAAUAUUUUUUAAGGAAAUUGUAUUCCAAACCAAAGCUUGGGUCUCAGGAGGAUAUAUAAGAUAUCAUGUAUACUCAUUUAUAUUCACAUAUAUAAAUAUAACUUGUUAUAUUAUAUUGAAUUAUAUUAUUAUAUUAUUACCUUUCCUAAACAAGAGUUUACUUCUCCCAUUCCUUUCAGAUCUGCUAAUCAACUUUAUCUUGCUGCUGACAGUUUGCAUUGUUUAAAUUUUCACUGUUUUAAAGAUUAUUAUUCUA